AAGCGGCAACAAUCGCCUGCCAGAAGGGGAAGCGGCUCUUGGCCGCGGACGGAGCUGCACCUCCGCUUCAAAGGCCAUUGACGAGAACUGCCUCUCCAAAACCUUGAAUCACUCUCUAUACCUGCGCACUUCACGCAACGGCAGUAAUGGCGCCUCGACUAUCCCUCUUCACAGUACGCUCAGUGCCCUUCAGGACGAAGCCUACGGUUCCGCAGAAAAGAUUUGCCCCUGCUCCUAGUCUACUGCAGCGGCGUGCAGCAAGCGAUGAUGCAGCGUCCAAAAACCAGUCUCCCAAAAAGACGCCCCUUCACCCUCAGGCAGAGGGCCCCACCAUGGACCAGUUGCCUCAUGUGACAGAAGAAGCAGCUGCAAUUGACAAAUCGAUGGGGAACACGCCUCCAGAUGUGGAACAGGGAACGCCGGUGCAGGAGAUAUUCAAGCGCGAUAAAGAUGCCCAAGACAAAGCGCCUCAAGUCAUGAAACAGGACUUGAACCCGGAUUCUAGCAGCAACAACGAGUCCCCCUCCGGAAGCCGUUCCUUUUCGACCGCUGCCAGGAGGAAUGCCGCAGAGAUGGAGGUGGCACCAAACUUGGGAGGAUCGGUAGAUCACUUGGUUCAGUUUCAGGAUACAAGAGUUGUCGGCCUGGAAUACCCGGACGCGGGCUUCGGGCACAAGUUUGGGUUACCGGAUCUGAAGCCGCUGGGCAAAGCGGUAAAUCUCAAGCGAAGAUAUGAUCCUGUGGUGGAGCAGGUGACACGAAGUCUCAUGAGGGAUGGCAAACUGAGUCGUGCGCAGAAGAAUAUGCAGUUCAUCCUCGAUGCCCUGCGAACCUCAUCCGCACCCCCCUCCAACAAGGAUCUCAUUAGUCCUUUACCCAUGCAGUCACUUCCCUUGUCACCAGUCGCCUAUCUCACCGCCAUCAUCGACUCUGUUGCCCCUCUUGUCAAGAUCCGCCAACAAAGAGGUCUGCUGGGUGGUGGUGCUUCCAUGCCCAUUCCCGUCCCUCUACGCCUUCGUCAGCGGAGAAGGACAGCCAUCCAAUGGAUAUUAACUUCCGCGGAGGGGAGAAGAGAAGAUAAACUGGCGGAACGUGUCGCGAAGGAGCUAUUGGGGGUCGCUGAGGGUAGGAGCUCUGCGUGGGAGAAGCGAGCAAGGGUUCACAAGAUGGCAAUCAGUGCAAGAGCCAAUGUUAAGAUUGCGGCGAACGGGAGGAGGAUCAGGACCAAGAGUAUCAGAGGGAAGUGAUUGUGCCCUGGUCUAAGUCUUGUGAUGAACCCUCAGAAGAGCAAAAAGAGCAAAAACUUAACACGAAGCAGCUCAUCUGGUUCGUGAUAAGCGAAACUCGCCCUUACGGGUUGGUUUUUCUCGGCCGGUUUUACUACGGGUAAUAUAUAAGUUGAGUCGGAGGAGGUUCGAGGGUUCAAAUCGAGGUCCUGCUGCCUGCUAGCCCGUUAUUGCUAGUUUGACCUGGCAGGACCCAGACUGGGUGUCGUCAGAUACGAACUCGAUUUCGCCCUAGUCGGGGUAGGGGGUCUUUGUGUGACAGAAAUUGGGGGAAGAAACAUGAUAAAGGUGGAAUUUCUGUGUGCAUGUGUGUGGGUGGGUUUGUUGUACCGCACCCGGUACGUGGUGGUGGGCACAAGGCUGGCGAUGGCGAGGCUGAGAUGUGUAUACAAACCGCGGGUCGGAAGAGACGAGACCGCUUCUCACGGGCGCGGCGUUGGCUCCAUCAUGUACAGUACAAAACUGGACCAAAAAGUUCGGGAAUGGAAUCCUGAGUUGCUCUUAACCUCAAUUCAAGCUGGCGAUUGAAACAGCACGGUUGACAGCGCCCUGUCAAAGAGCCCCAGUGAGAUGCAGUAUUUUCCCCCAAUGGGCUGUCAUGG